CGACGACACCGAUGCCCACAGACUGAUCACAGGGCUUUUACCCGAACAGCACUGAAUGGUAGCAGCUGAGAGACGGGUGCGGAGCGAGGGUUUCCAAACCCGCAGGAUUUCUCACGGCUCACGGACUGGAAUGCGCUUCUAUAUAUAUCCCCAUAUACGGAUGACAACCUCAAAACAAUCCUACACUGAAAACUUUCGGCUCUACAUUUGACGCGGAGCUGUUUUAAGAUUAUAUGAACGCGGGUCCAAGAGCCGACAUGAUGCAGGUGCAAACUGUGGGCUAACGGUGGUACUGACAUGACUUGCUCGGCGCUGACGCGUUUCACUGCCAUGCCAACCCUGCAUUGUCAGAUGCCAUUUUAUUCUGCGUUAUCCCAGCGUCCGGAAUUCUAACGAACUGGGCCUGUUGUGUAAUUACAAGUUCGUGAGACUGUAGCAAACAAGCUGGUACAAUGAGAAGCUACGCUGCCCCAGACAUCGUGCGCAAUUUGUGCUGAAAGCUGUAUGGGUCCUGCGUACUCAGGCUCCCGGCUUCCACUUGGAGAGGUGUGCUGCGGGGCUACAGCGCACUGGCUGUCAGCUUCACAUCUGGACCGCUUUGGUACUGUCAUCUGCGGCCUGUUCGGACUCUGCACUCCCUGAACUUGUGGUUUAAGGGGAACUGAUUGAGCUCGCCUCGGAUGGUGUCGUGUUAGAGGGAAGGGUGAUUAUUAUUUUUUUGGCCUGGACUUUAUCGGUGAUCCACUGGAACACCGAGGUCCAAAGCUGGACUGGCUGACUACUCAUGGAAAAAGCGCUUGUCCAGCUAUGGAUUUUGCGUAGCUAAGUCACGCAUUUUUAAAGGCAACGCUAGGGUGACAUUGCAGUCUUCUCAUUGCAUCGGUUAUUUCGUCGUCCGACAAAAAAAUAAAAGAGUGAAAGUGGAGUAUUGUCCGUCGUACGUAUCAACGCAGUGGGAUUUCUACGUCUGGUCGGCGUUCCCCCCCACCCUUCCCGCGGUGACGGUUAUGGGUCGGAAGCGGUGUGUCGGUGCAGAUUGUUCCAAGAUGGCGGCCGGGUGCUGCGGGGUGAAGAAGCAGAAACUGUCGGGAUCGCCCGGGUCGGGGGGUCCCGGCGGGGUGGGGGCGGGAAGCGGGGUGGCAGGAACCGGACAUUGUGGCUCGGAGUUGGGGAUUGGCUCCUCGGCGACCGUUGCAGCAGCGGCGAACGUGAGCAGAGCCAACGGCCUGGGGGGACCCGGGGGUAACGUUAGCGGCGGCGGGAGCAGCGGGAGCAGCGGCGGCACAGCUCUGUCCACAGCCCCGGCCGGUUACACUUCAUCCGGCCUCUCCCCGAAUCUCAGCGCGGGACCUGGUUCGGGAAGUGGAGGCAGAAAAAUGGUGGUCUCGGCGGAGAUGUGCUGCUUCUGUUUUGACGUGCUUUAUUGCCAUCUGUACGGAUACCAACCUCCGAGAACACCCAGGUUUACAAACGAUCCCUACCCGCUGUUUGUCACAUGGAAAAUAGGCAGAGACAAGCGGUUGCGGGGUUGUAUAGGUACAUUUUCUGCCAUGAAUCUGCACUCAGGACUCAGGGAGUACACCCUUACCAGUGCCCUUAAAGACAGCCGCUUCCCCCCGAUGACAAGGGAUGAGCUGCCUCGCCUCUUCUGCUCAGUGUCUCUUCUCACAAACUUUGAGGACGUCGGUGAUUACCUUGAUUGGGAGGUGGGUGUUCACGGUAUUAGGAUAGAGUUUUUCAAUGAAAAAGGAUCAAAGCGCACCGCCACCUACCUACCAGAGGUUGCAAAGGAGCAAGGUUGGGACCACAUUCAAACCAUAGAUUCCUUACUACGAAAGGGAGGCUACAAAGCUCCCAUCACAAAUGACUUCAGGAAGACCAUUAAGUUAACCAGGUACCGUAGCGAGAAGAUGACAAUGGGUUAUGCAGAGUACAUUGCCCACCGCCAGCACCAUCACUACCAGAAUGGCAUCGGGCACCCUCUACCACCCUACAACCAUUAUUCCUGACAGCGAGCCGCAUGACCAAUCAUUGGACCUCUCCGCGGACCUUUUCCCAGGAGAGCCCGCCCCCUCCUGGUCUAGCUAUUUCUACUACUGUACCAUUUUAUGAUGAUAGUUUCCGUUGCCAUGCUGUCCGUCUCCCUGACGUUGACAUGGCAACGGGUGGCAACGAAGCAUCAUUUGAUUACGGCAAGAAAUCCACUCUUCUUUUUCUUUGCCUGUGGUUAAGUUUUGCAGCAUAUGUAAACCUAUAUCAAUAACCCCCUACAUUCAUAUUUUUGAAAAAGGAAACAAAUGCUAGAUUUUAUUGAUCCUGCGUAUUUUCAGCAAAACGAAUCAGGUGUUUGAUUCUGUGGAUGGAAGGAAGUCUCUUAUAGGGUGGAUUAGUCUCGCGCUUAUAUUGUUCAGGCUUUGCUUCAAAUUAACAUGAACUAAAACAAAUUCUUAUUUCCUCUUUUUCUUUAAUUAACUCUCCUGACAUGUAUACCAUGUAGCAAGGCAACUGCAGUUCUCAAAGGCUGUGCCGUCUCUAUUCUGGUUCCUCUCAAAAAAAAAAAAGAGUGACUGUUGAGAUAGCCUUGUAAACUCUUGUAGUAAUGUAGUUGGGACUAUAUAUAAUGGGAUCUGUAUGCUCCAAAGUAUAGUGUGUAGGAUUGUGAUGCCCUUUGACCGGCCUUUGCUGGUAGUGUUUAUUGUUAGAGCUCACAAAUGUGUGUGUAUUUCUGUGUGUGGAUUUAGGUUUUGGUCUGCCACCAAAUUGAAACCAGUAGAAUAAAUUAGAAAUUGGAUUUAUGCCUAAGGUUCCCUACUGAGAGUUUUUGAGUAUUUGAAGUGUUUAUGUUUGGACCUGUAAACCUUGAACUGCAUAUUCUAGCCUAGAGCUUUAGUUUAGAUAUUUUUUCUUUUUGUUGAGCUUUUCCAAAUGUUUAUCUUGAGGAAGCCAUUUUGUCAGAGGAAAGUCGAGACCACACAGAUGAUUAGUUGAUGUUAAAUGGGUCUGACUUCCAAGCAGUGGAAGGAGGGGAGCAGGCAUAACUACAGGUCCCAAGAAAAAAAAACAAUGCUUUGAUUUAGUGUCUGUUGGUUUGUGAGUUUACUGGCAGGGAGUCACUUGAAAGGGACAUGCUUUUAACUACUCAAAGCCAUAUUCUCUUUGUACUCUACACUGUAAAAGUGGUCUGUUGUUUGGCUUGACGUCUUUGCAUUCGGUGCCAGUUGACUGGUAGCCUCUAGUAUAAUCAUUCUUCAACCUCUGAAUGCAAACUCUUACAGCAGCCAGCCUCAGACGAGGCCGCACCACUGAAUGCUAUUCGUCAUACCUAGCGGUUUCACCCAUUAGUCAUACGUCUUGUAUAUUGCCCGUGUCGUCGUGGAAACAUUUUCUUGCCUCUUCAGAUCAUAGCUAACCAUUGUCACUCGUCCACUAAGUAUGAUGUAUUAAAAAAAAAACCUGUCAUUUUGAAUGAAGACGCACAAUGAAAGUGAUCUAUUUAAAAUGUGUCAUUUAGAAGUGCAUGUCAUUGUGCAGAUAGUUGAUUUAGUUGUUGAAACCGCACCUAAACCGUUCUCUCCUCUAAACUCUUGGCCGUUCAAUGAGAUCCCGUCACUCUGUGCGUCCACCACACAUGAAGUGUUCUGCUGCUGCGUGCUCUGUUUUGUCAGCUGUUUGGCACUAGGUUAGAUCAAACACAGUGGAGUUAGAUCUGAAUCCUUGCAUGGGGCCGAGCGGCUCGCAGUUGAGGUCUACACAUUAAAGCCAGGGCUUUGUAAGGACUUAAGAAGCCAUUUCCCACCCAGAUAUGUCUUGUUGUUGUUGUGAGUCACAUCCACACAUGCUAGACUAGGUUUCCUUUGUUUGAGGAAUUCCAGAAUGUUUGAGGAUCAUGGCGUGUGAUCCGCUUGCUUUGGGGUCAGUUUAGUUUUGCUAACUGGACAUUUUUUGAGAGGUUCUCGUUACUUGACCAACAUCUUUUUUUCGUAACAGCCUUUACUAACUGACAGGUUAUUUUUUUCUUUUAUGCAAAAAUGUCAAGGGCUUUUGGCACUCCAUCCACAGUAACCCGAAAAUGACCCAGAUUUAAGUUGUGUUGCCUUAUAUGAAUGAUUUAACAAACGAUGGGCCAGUAGAUGACGCUCUGAGUGUUCCUCUGUCCCAUGGUCUGUUUGUUUGCAGCUCAUCCGAACACCACAGUGUAGGAAGGGAACUCCCAUGAUGUUUUCCUCACUUGAAUGCGAUGAAACGUUCUUAUGGAGGCUCUCCUGUAUGAUUGCGGUCUCCUGUUUUGACAUCUUAUCCAGCUGCUGGUCCUCAAUUCUUUCAACUCUGAGAGGCCCACAUACUCCCAUACUCCGUUAAAAACAGUGUCAGACACUGUGGUGGUGUUAUUCUAAAUGUUUAAACCAUGGGAAGUGAUUAACAUGUAUGCCUCUUAAGAUAAAUACACUACAUAAAGAUCCAGAGGAACAGUCAGGCGUUUGUUUCCCGGCCCAUUUGAUACAGCACAACCUGAAUUUUUCUGCUGCAAAACCAAAUUGACCAUGUUCUUUUACAUAUAUGUCUUUGUAUACACAUGCAAUGUCUUUAGUUGCAUGUAUGUAUGAGUAUGAGACCUAUGGUUUUAUCCAUGAUAUGCUUGAUCUAUGGCUUAGACGCUCUUAUUAACCAUUAAGAGAUUUAAAAGACAAAUAUGGUGCUAUCGGACCUCAUAUUGGGGUGGUCACAGCUCGUGACUGGUCAUGCGGACUCAUUGAUCAUAUCAUACUUAAAGAUGCUGCAUGUAGGAUUUUCUCUGUUGUUCAUGGCUGCGAAGUGAGUCAUGACGACAUUUUAACACUGAAGGAUGGGUUCAUCACCGUUAACAAACAGUAGCCCCUUUCAUUCAGUCCAUUAUGGGUGAUUUUGGGAUCAAUUCCCUAUGGGAAAACUGACUGAUAUCUUUCAAAUAUAGUGAAGAAGGAGGAGUCCCUGCAGCAAACCCAUCAUAGGGGCUCUGAAUGUACUGUCGGAGGUCAUCUUUUUCAUUUCAGCAGCAGUAUAAUAAGAGAAAAUCCUACCUGUAUUACCUUAACUAUCCUUGAUAUAUGCAGAUCUGUUCAACAGGUGUUUUUUUUUUUUCCCCCCCUACCAGUGCAAGUCAACACCCGUUGCAGGUUUGAAAGGACAAGAAGUCACACGUAGCCUCCCUCCCCCUCGAUAACUCCCCCACACUGUGGCCCGUCCUCAUGGCCUAGUUUGUGCAGGCGUGAAGUGUGUGUCGGUAGAAAGUGGCAGUAGUAGUGCUCGUUGCCUCUCCUGGAAAACUGGAGGCUGCUUCUCCCGAGCACAUCCUCCGUUUUUUUCCUCAAGCUGCUGAAUCGUAUGACCUCUUCUGAAAAGGAAAAGUUUGAGAGAUGUUGACUUGUGAAGAUCUCGUCAAGGCCACCACAGUCGCUCUCAGAUGAUGUUGAAGGUUAGCAUCUCCUUUUACGGGACGCAGUGUUAAUGUUUUACGUAGAACACGCAGAAAAUAGUCCUGCUUCUGUACUGAUUAACUGUUUUAAAAGCAUUGAUACCUCAUGGGACGUUAUGGAACGACAUUAGGAGUUUGUUGUAGCAGAUAGUGUUUUGGUUCCAUACCAGGGUUAGAGUUCAGCCUCAGCAUUCCCAGCGUGGUCAUUCUCAUAUUUCGAGGAAUGCUCAAGCUUGUGUUACCUUCGUAUGUUUGACUGAACCAAAGAUGCCAGCGGCCAUACCCAAAUGCUGCUCUUCAGGCCUGGCUUCCUGUCCUUCCAAAAGACACCCCCUGCAAUUGACAAAAAAAUGUUCUUUGUCUUUUUUUUUUUGUGUGUGUGUGUGUGCGAUUUCUCAUCUGUCUUGACUUAUUGAGCAACCCCAUUUUUCAAUGAAUUUUCAUUGAGUCUAUCUCUGAUGCCCUUCAAGGCAUCAAGGAUGGUUAAAAAUGGUUGCAAAUUGUUGUUACUUGUUUUGUUUAUUAUUAUUAUUAUUAUUAUUAUUAUUAGUAAUGCUAUAAUUUACAAAAAUGAAAAAAUCCCAUGGUGUGCCUCCUAGCUUUAUGGGUUUCUAAAUGUUUUUUCCCUAAAGACCAGCAGUUAUACUUUGUAUAAAAGAUGGAUUUUUCCUUAUUUUCUAUGCCAUUAAAGAAGAAAAAAGCCUGUUUUCUUUACUCUGGACCCAGUAGCUGCACUGGUAUACAAUCGCACUGAUAGAUGAAUAUAAAAAAAAAGAAUAAAUGAAUCAAUAAUAAUAAUGAUAAUGACAAAUGAAAUAAGAACUACAAUAAACUUGUGUUUGAAACUUUUAUUAAAAAAAACUUUAAAAAAGAAAAUAAAAAAAGAAAAUGACUGUUUUUGUACAUCAAAAAUAAAUUCUUUUCAAAAUAA